GGAAGGUGAUUUGGGCAGCCAUCAAUGGUAUGGACCCUCUUUUGUCUCCCCUUUCACCUUUACCUAAUUAAUCAAUUAAAAAUUAUAAUAGUCUUACUCUUUCUUCUUUCCAUAUCAUAUAAAUAUAGUUAAAUAUAUGUAUACAUACAUCAAAUCACAACAAAAACUCUCCUCACUUAUAUUUCUUCCUUAUUUUAUCUUUCUGCAGCAUACUAUGUAACAUGUUUGAAGAAUUAAGAUAUUGUAAAUUAUAGCAUUUUUUUUUUCCUUUUAUUAUAAGAAAAAGGAAAAAUAAUCAAUGGCUGGAAUGCUUCCUGGUGUUGAAUGUGCCAGGAGAAGAAGAUUUCAUCAAAGUGGAGGGAGCUGUGAUUCCAUGGGUGCACCCUCAUCAUCUUGUGGAAGGACUAGGAGAUCUUCCUUUUGUUUGUAUACAAGCAACCAUGAAACUCAUACAACCUCAGCUUCAAUAUUGAAGAAAAGAACAAUGUUUUCAAAUCAGUUUUACCAAGAUGAUGAGAAGUUAGGAGUAGUAGCCAGAGAAGCCAAAGAAAGAUUGGAUGAAAGGUUGAGAACACAAAGAAAAUCUGAACCAAAAAGGCAAAACAACAGCAGAGAUUUAGGACAGAAAUAUAGUGAAAAAUCUGAGGUGAAAAAAGAAGAGCUACAAAAGGAGGUUUAUAAUGGGUCAAAGAAAAGUAGUAGUGGAUCAAGGAAGUUUGGUUGGACCAAGCUGAGCCCAUGGAGAGCCUCAGACCAAGAAGAGUGCACCAUUUGCUUGGAGAGGUUCAGACCUGGUGAGGGCCUGGUUCACUUGCCUUGUGCCCACCGGUUCCACCAUGGCUGCCUGGUGCCAUGGCUCCACAACAACACUCACUGUCCUUGUUGUAGAAUGGUUAUAAUCACCACCCAAAUUAGUUAGUGUAUACUUCAAUUUUAGGCCAAUUUGUAAUCUAAACAACUUUUUUCAAUGCAAUAGAGUUGUUGUGAACUUUUGUAGAUUUUGUAACAUGGAUGUUCUGUUUUUUUGGACUUCAAAAAAUAAAUCAAAAAAUAUUUGUUGCA